UGUGAUGUAAAACUCUCCAUUUGACUCUUUGCUUUCCAACUAUAGAGUGAGAGGAUCCUACAACGAAGACGAAGAUGGAGAAAGGGAGGAUGAAAGGAAAAUUAGGGUUUCAGCGGGCAAAUAUUGCCCGAACGCCUCCCGCAUUGCCUUCCGGCGGCAGGAUGAUCUUGGAGAACAGUUCGUCAACCCGUGCUUCGGAUCCCAAAUUCGAAUCACGGGAAUCUUUGAAUUCCUCAAACGUGGUUGGAACGUGCCCAGACAUGUGCCCAGCUAAGGAAAGGGCCCAGCGUGAAAGGCUUAGAGACUUGGCAGUGUUUGAGAGGCUUAAUGGAAAUCCUGGAAAAACAUCUUCAAGCCUUGCCAUAAAAAAGUUUUGCAGGACUUUGUCAAGCAAUGAAGUUCAUUCAUCAGAUCUAAGACCUCCUUUAGUAUUGCGGAACACACUAAAAUAUCUUCUGAACUUGUUGGAUUCAUUAGAGUAUCCAUUUGAAGUUGUGCAUGAUUUCGUAUUUGAUAGGACGAGGUCUAUUCGGCAAGAUUUGAGCAUGCAAAACAUCAUCAAUGAAGAUGCGAUUGAAAUGUACGAGGACAUGGUCAAAUUUCAUAUUAUAUCCCACCAGAAGCUUGCAAGGCUUCGCAGUGGACGAGAUGGUUCUUCCUCCUUGCAUUAUCUGAACUUGGAGCAGCUUACAAAAUGCCUUCUGUCACUUUAUGAAGUUUAUGAUAUUAAUAGAAGGCUACAAUUCACAAACAAGCACGAAAGUGAAUUUUAUUCAUUUUAUCUACUCCUCCAUCUUGGUUGUAAGAUCCCAAUAAUGAAGGAGUCUCUUUCAUUGUGGUUUUGCCGUCUACCUUCUCCGAUUCUGCGGUCAAAAGAAAUGUGUUUUGCAAGGACUCUAUUCAGGUACUUCCGGAUGGGUGAUUAUAAACGCUUCUUUGGUAUUUUAGAAACAGAAGCAUCCCAAAUGCAGUUGUGCCUUAUAGAACCCUUCCUCAACGAGGUUCGUGUGCAAGCAAUAUCAUGUAUUAAUCACAGUGCUUACAAACUUCAACCUUAUCCUUUAGAACAUCUGUCUGAAGUGCUAAUGAUUAAGGAGCAGGAGCUUGAAUCCUUGUGCUGUGAAUGUGGCCUGGAAGUAAUUACAGAUGAGUUUGGGUGCAAGUUCUUGCCGGUCAAACAAUCCAAUCUCCAUCAUCCUAAAUCCGACUUAGAAAGCUACCGCCUAAAAAUUUCAGAUAAGUUUCACAGUUCUCAGACAAGGGAGAGCUCCAGCAACAAAGCUGUCCUGAAGGAAUUGCCAAAAGCUUCAGAGUGAUGAUUCUAAACUCGUUUUCUGGCGCAAAGGAGAAAAGUUUCUGGCUCAAAUUUAAAGUAAUUUCCUUUAGAACCAAACAAAUGCAAAUAAUAUUUACAUAUAUGCCAUUCAAUUUUUAUAUAUUUAAAUAUUCAAUGCAG